AUGCUGUCGCUCGAUUGGAAACCUAAUGUAUCGGUGCAAGAUCAUCAUUUAUUGAUUGAUAAAGAUAAAGUUCCUCUUCAAGUCUUUCAGAACUUCGAUACAAAGGCCAUGGAUUUUCUUAAAGAAGUGAACAUAAAUACACAUCUUAUUGUAAAGCAUUUGAUGGAUUUUGUGGGAAAGAUUCGAUCGAUAACAGCCAUUCAGAAAGCUUUAUCUUUAAAUUUUUUCAUGGCAAUCGUAUAUCGUUCAGGCGUUAUUUUGAGUGCAUUUUAUUUCUUGAAAAUGCAAAAUGAAGAAAAUGAUGAGUUGGGAGGACUUGUUGAAGAGAAUCUGAGUCGGAGAAUCCUGAAUUUCAUCAUGUCAUUAACUACGCCGGGUAUUAUUGCCGUAUAUACACAUCUUUUACUUUGUCAUUAUGAUUAUUUAGACACUGGAACUGGAAUGUGGAGAUGGGCUAGUAUUGCAGUGUGUUGGAUAUUAUACAUGCGGCAUCUCUAUGUUGAGAAUGAAUAA